GGUGAGGAGGAGGAGGAGGAGGAGGCGCGAGGAGCGGAGCGAGCGACGCUACUAACGGAGGAGAGUCCGCGAGGAAGAGGAGGAGGAGGAUGAAUCCGACUGAUGGAGGAGGAGAAGCGGGCCAGGACGGCCUCGCGACGGCGGCUUCAGGUAAAGUGGAGAGUGUGAGAGCGGCCGAUGUCCUGACUGUGCUGAGAGAGAAGGUGGCCUUUGUGUCAGGUGGGCGGGACAAACGAGGCGGACCAAUCCUGACUUUUCCUGCCAGAACCAAUCAUGAUCGAAUAAAACAGGAGGACCUGAGUCGUCUCGUCACUUACCUGUCCACUGUCCCCAGUGAGGACGUGCGUGGGCGUGGCUUCACCGUGGUGGUGGACAUGCGGGGCAGUAAGUGGGACAGCGUGAAGCCGGUGCUGAGGACGCUGCAGGAGACGUUUUCGUCCAACAUCCACACGGCGCUGCUCAUCAAACCAGACACUUUCUGGCAGAAACACAAGACCAACCUGGGCAGUGCCAAACUCAGCUUUGAGACCAGCCUGGUGUCGGUGGAGGGUCUGUCGCGGGUCGUCGACCCCUCCCAGCUGACCUCUGACCUGGGCGGUUCUCUGGAGUACGACCACGUGGAGUGGACCGAACUGCGUUUGGGUCUGGAGGAGUUCUCGGGAGCUGCCACGCAGCUGCUCGCCCAGCUGGAGCAGCUGGAGUCUGGACUGAACCGGACACCAGAGCCCCAGGACGUGGACGAGGCCCGAAAACUCCUGGAGGAACACGGACGUCUCCGGAACACAAUCGCCACAGCUCCAGUCGACGCCCUUGACCGAGAGGGGCAGAGUCUGCUGCAGCGCAUGCGCCUGGGCCCCUCACACGGGGACGCCUCUAACGAAGGCGGCGGCGGAAGCCACGGCAGCUGGCUGUCGGGCGGCGCAGACUUCCAGAGUGUGGCACCGAAGGUCUCGUCUCUGCUGGACCGCCUGCAGGCGUCUCGCACUCACCUGCUGCAGAGCUGGAGCGACAGGAAGCUGCACCUGGACCAGGUCCUGCAGCUGCACCUGUUCCAACAGGACGCCACCAAGAUGUCACAGUGGAUCACCCACAGUAAAGACCUGUUCACACAGAGCCUGGUCCAGGUCGGACAGAACCACCAGCACGCCCUGGACCUCCAGACCCAGCACCAGCACUUCACUGCUAACUGCAUGAACGGCAGUGUGAACGUGGACAGCGUGGUUACCGUGGCAGCGAGGCUCGCAGACGCCGGUCACUACGGCGCAGAGCGGAUCGCCAUGGUGUCGUCACGGUUACAGGACGACUGGAAGUCCCUGACGACCGCACUGGAGGAGCGCAGCAACACGCUCGCCAUGGCGACCGGCUUCCACCAGGGGGCAGAGCAGUUCCUGCUGAAGGUUGAAGGCUGGGUCCAGACGUGUUCUGAAGGCUCGUUGCCAUCGGCAACCACAGACCUGGAGACUGAGACCAAGAAACACCAGGAGCUCAACGAGGACAUAUGUGCUAACUACACUCAGGUCAGUGAGAGUGGGAAAGCGUUACUGGACGUCCUGCAGCGUUACUCGGCAACAGAUUGCGACGACUCAGCGUCCAAACCGGACUUCACUGCCGCCACGCACAGCAUCAUGGGAGUUCUGCACCUGGUCAUGCAGGGUCACCACGAGGUCGAGGGGGCAUGGCAGCACAGGAAGCUCCGCCUUCACCAGCGUCUUCAGUUGUGUGUGUUUCAAAAGGAUGUGAGACAGGUGUUGGACUGGGUGGAGCAACAUGGUCAGGUGUUCCUGAACAAACACAGUGGUGUAGGUAAAUCUCUGCACCGAGCGCGAGCUCUGCAGAAACGACACGACGACUUCCAGCAGGUCGCACAGAACACUUACACAAAUGCAGAGAAGCUUCUGGAAGCAGCAGAUCAGCUGGCUCAGUCUGGAGAGUGUGAGGAGGAGGAGAUCUACCAGGCCGCCCGUGACUUGGAGCUGCGCAUGCAGGCGUUCAUUCAGAAGGUUGAACAGAGGAAGCUGCUGCUGGAUCUCGCCGUUUCCUUCUACACUCACACAAAAGAGCUGUCUGCGUGGAUGGACGGCCUGCAGAAGCAGCUGUCCUCAGAUGUGUGUGCGUGUCCUGACACUGUGGACACGCUGCAGACGCUCAUCAGUCAGCAGCAACAGCAGCAGGCUAACACACAGGAGGCAGCAAUGAGCGUCAUCAGAGAAGGAGAAGACCUCAUCCUGCAGCUCAGGCCUCAGGGCAGCUCAGUGGCACACGUGGAGUCUGUGCUGCAGCAGCUGGAGGAGUCUCACAUUCAGCUGGAGGACCUUUUUCACCAGAAGAAGAUUCGCCUGGACGUUCACCUGCAGCUCCGGAUCCUGCAGCAGUGCACGCUGGAGGUGACCGGGGAGAUGGACGCGUGGAAGCAGGACCUGCAGAAGCAGACUCAGGACUUCUCCUCAGAGAAGCUCGCCUCGCCGCGGCUCACUGACGUCAACCCGGACAAGCUAGCCCAAGACAAGCUAACCCUGGGCCAGUCUCGGCUGGUGGAGGCUAGCGCCGAGGCGCUAACAUUAGCGCAGCAGCGCAUACACAGGCACAUGGAGCGCCGGCUCGCCAUGAACAACAUGGUCUAUGAGGUCAUCCAGCAAGGUCACGACCUUCAGCAGUACAUCACCGAGGUCCAGGCGUCAGGGAUGGAGCUGUCAGAGACAGAGGGAGGACUCUCUGCUCAGGUGGACGAGCUGCAGCGCCUCCUGCAGGACAAACAGAAGGAGCUGCAGCAGAUGGCAGAUCACACACACACACACCUGGAGCAGAACCUGCAGCUGAGACACCUGCAGAGUCAGGUCAAACAGGUGCUGGGCUGGAUCUCUGAGGGUGAGGUCAUGUUGUCGUCCUGCAUGUUGAACUCCAGCUGUUUAUCUGAAGCUGAGCAGCUACAGCGGGAGCAUGAGCGCCUCCAGCAGGCCAUCGAGGGUCUCCUGCACGCUGACUCUCUGCAGAGAACCCACCAGGUGGCGCUGGCUCUGCAGCAGAGAGCGGAGCUGCUGGUCAGGUCAGGUCACUAUGAUCCAGAUGCAGUGAGGUCUUGUGCCCAGACGGUGGCGCUGCACUGGCAGACCCUGAUGCUGAGGAUCGAGGACAGACUCAAACUGGUCAACGCCUCCGCGGCUUUCUACAGGACGUCCCAGCAGGUGUGUGGUGUGUUGGAAAGUCUGGAGCAGGAGUACCGCAGGGAGGAGGACUGGUGUGGAGGCGGAGACCGUCAGCCAGAGCAGCUGCUGCCGCUCGUCAACAAACACAUGGAGCAGAAGGAGGCGUUCCUCAAAGCCUGCACGCUCGCCAGACGGAACGCCGAGGUGUUCCUCAAGUACAUCCACCGCAACAGCGUCACCAUGGCCAACAUCUCCGGGCACAACGUCACCGUCUCCGGGGUGACCGGGGUCACGGAGGUCACGGGGCACUCCAGGGUCCCAGAGCAACAGGUCAAAGGCAUCCUCAGUGAGCUGCUCCAGAGAGAAAACAGAGUCCUUCACUUCUGGACUCUGAAGAAGCGACGACUGGAUCAGUGUCAGCAGUACCUGAUGUUCCAGAGCCACGCCCAGCAGGCUCUGGAUUGGCUGCAGCAGUCAGGUGACCACUACCUGGUCACGCACACUUCCCCGGGGGCAAAUAUGGCCGAAACCCAGGAGCUGUUAAACCAGCACCGAGAGUUCUGUGUCUCCGCCAAGCACACGCAGGAGAAGGUUCACCUGCUGAUCCAGCUGGCCGAGAGCAUGCUCGCUAAAGGCCACGCCCACCGCACUGAGCUGCGCCGCUGCGUCUCCGCCGUGGACAAGCGCUACCGCGACUUCACCGUCAGGAUGGGACAGUACCGCCACCUGCUGGAGACGGCGCUGGGAGGAUGCUCACAGGACAAUAAAGACCUGGAGCUGGAGCUGAUCCCCAACAGUCUGUCUGACUCCGACCCCGAGGUCAACCUGUCCGACCCCAGCCACCAGGUCAGCGACGAGAAGAGACGCUCGGCGCGCAAGAAAGAAUACAUCAUGGCCGAACUUCUUCAGACUGAACGAGUUUACGUCAGAGACCUGCAGGAGUGUAUCGAGACGUACCUGUGGGAGAUGACGAGCGGCUCAGAGGACGUCCCACCUGGUCUCGGCAACAAAGACGACAUCGUGUUCGGGAACAUCCAGGACAUCUACGAGUUCCACAACAGUAUUUUCCUGAAGGAGCUGGAAAACUACGAACAGCUCCCCGAAGACGUGGGGCACUGCUUCGUUACCUGGGCGGAUAAAUUCCACAUGUACGUCACGUACUGCAGAAACAAGCCCGACUCCAGUUUACUCAUCCAGCAGCACGGCGCCGGCUUCUUCGAGGAGGUGCAGAGACGACACGGCCUGGUUAACUCCAUCUCCUCAGCUCUGAUCAAACCUGUGCAGAGAAUCACUAAAUACCAGCUGCUGCUCAAGGAGCUGUUAGCGUGCUGUGAGGAGGGUAAAGGUGAGAUUAAAGAAGGUCUCGACGUGAUGCUCAGCGUUCCCAAGAGAGCUAACGAUGCUAUGCACGUUAGCAUGUUAGAAGGUCUGGAGGAGGGUCUGGAGGUCCAGGGCGAGCUCCUCCUCCAGGACUCCUUCCUGGUUUGGGAGCCCAAGUCCCUGAUCAGGAAGGGGCGGGACCGACACCUCUUCCUGUUUGAGCUGUCACUCAUCUUCAGUAAAGAGAUCAAAGACUCGUCAGGACGAACCAAAUACCUGUACAAGAGCAGACUGAGGACGUCAGAGCUCGGUGUUACAGAACACAUCGAGGGAGAUCCAUGUAAGUUUGCUCUGUGGGUCGGACGAACGCCGACGUCUGACAACAAGACUGUACUGAAGGCGGCGUCUCUGGAGCUGAAGCAGGAGUGGGUCCGCAGUAUUCGUCAGGUGAUCCAGGAGAGGCGGGGCCACCUGCGUGGGGCACUGCGGGAGCCCAUCCCCCUCCCUAAGACACCAAACCCCACACUGGGACGACAGCGCAGCAUCAGCCGCAGGGAGACGAGUGAGGACGCAGACAGUCUGGGAGACGCGAGCAGUCAACCAGACACCGUGUCCAUCGCCUCGAGGACAUCACAGAACACUGCAGACAGUGACAAGUUGUCUGGUGGCUGUGAGUUAGUUGUGGUGUUGUUAGAUUUCUCCACCAGCGCAGCAGGAGAGCUGAGCGUGCGCUGUGGUCAGACGGUGGAGCUGGUGGAGCGUUCGGCAGACAGACCCGGGUGGUGUUUGGCCAGAACCACAGACCAAACUCCACAGCAGGAGGGUUUACUGCCCAUGAGCGCCCUCUGCCUGUCACACUCUCACAGUGCAGCAGAUAUGGAGGGGCUGGUCCCGCCCUCCAGCACCUCCUCCACCUGCACCACCACCACCUCCUCCUCCUGUAACUCCUCCUCCACCACCACCUCCUCCUCCUGUAACUCCUCCUCCUCCGCUGUGAGCGCUGCCAAAGAUAGUGCAGGAGUGUUCGGCUCUGACACUCCAGGACUCCACGCUCAGACAGGCGGUGUCUCCUCCCCCACCGUGUGUGGGGUGGGCGGGGCUCCAGGGGGCGCUGUGGGCUCUCCGGGACCCAAACGCAGUGGCUCAGGGACAGGAAACACUCUGAAGCGUUGGUUGACGAGUCCUGUUCGGAGGCUGAGUCAAGGUAAAGCUGACGGACAGAAGAAACCGCCAAUCAGAGCCAGGAGGCGGGACAACAGGCCAGAGCUAACCACGCCCCUCACUGUUAAUGCCCAGGCGAAAGUGAGGAAGGAGGAGGCGGGGCAAAGUGGAGGGGAGGAGGAGCCAGAAGAAGAAAGCCACACCCCACUGCCUCCACCCAUGCAGAUCAUCAAAGACCCAAACAAUCCAGAGGUACAGGCUUUGGAUUCAGAUCAAGGAUCAAAUGAAUCUGACACUGAGCAGAGAAACAAAGCUCUGAGAGGACGCAUGUUUGUGGUGAAUGAAAUGGUCCAAUCAGAGAAGGACUACGUGAAAGACCUGGCUGUGAUCGUAGAGGGCUUCAUGUCCAGGUUGGAGGUCAGAGGAAUUCCUGAAGACAUGAGAGGAAAAGACAAAAUCGUGUUUGGAAACAUUCAGCAGAUUUAUGACUGGCACCGAGAUUUCUUCCUGGUGGAGUUGGAGCGCUGCGUUCAGAAUCACGAUCUGCUCGCCGACCUCUUCAUCAGACACGAGCGGCGGCUGCACAUGUACGUGAUUUACUGUCAGAACAAACCCAAGUCAGAGUUCAUCGUCAUCGAGUACGAGACUUUCUUUGAGGAGAUCCAGCAUGAGAUCAGCUGCAGGAUGUCCAUCAGUGAUUAUUUGAUCAAACCCAUCCAGAGAAUCACAAAGUACCAGCUGCUGUUAAAGGACUUUCUCAAGUACACGUCUAAAGCAGGACUGGACUGUGAGGAGGUGGAGAAAGCCUUGGACCUGAUGUCCUUGGUCCCAAAGCGCUGCAACGACAUGAUGAACCUGGGACGUCUGCAGGGAUACGAGGGGAAGCUGACGUCUCAGGGGAAGCUGCUGCAGCAGGAGACGUUCUGCGUGUGGGAGCAGGACGGCGGCGUGUUGUCCCGCAGUAAAGAGCGUCGCGUCUUCCUGUUCGAGCACAUCGUCAUCUUCAGCGAGCUUCUGCGCAAAGGCUCCAACAACCCUGGAUACCAGUUCAAGAACAGCAUCAAGGUGAGUUACCUGGCCAUGCAGGACAGCGUGGACGGCGACCCGUGUAAGUUCCUGCUCUGGUCUCGAGGCUCGGCCGAGCGCUUCACGCUGCAGGCGUCGUCCGCCGGCAUCAAGAUGACCUGGGUGGAGACGGUCGCCGCCCUGCUGGACGCACAGAACAACUUCCUGUCAGCUCUCCAGUCUCCUAUCGAGUACCAGAGGAAGGAGGGUGGGAUCUCUGUGACCCGCCCACUGUCGUCAGGGCGACCGCCGUCGGUCCCACCCACGCCUAAUGGCCACACCCCUCAGCCUGCGGCCGACAGCGAGCAGGACGAGCAGGAGCUGGUCCGGGUUCUGCAGGACUUUGUGGCCGUGCGCGAGGACGAGAUCUCCGUGUUCCGGGGAGAGAAAGUUCAGAUCCUGGCAUCAAACCAGCAGGGACAGAGUCUGGUUUACAGACCGGCAAACAGCGACUCACCAGCUGCUGAGGGCUGGGUACCACGCAGCGUACUACACACACACACACACUGACACACACACACACACACUGUGCAAAACAACAGGGUCUCUUAUUCAUGACAUGAAAGGGGGCGGAGCCUAAAGGUGGUGACAUCACUUAUCGACAUGACUUCCUGUAGCACUGCCGCCUUUAUUCUGAAACAGGAAGUAGAAUCACUUUUUCUUUGUGGCGCCCUCUUCAGGCCGCAGCGCUCAUUACACAAAUUAUUUAUUACAGAGACAUAAUAUAUAUAUAUAUAUAUAUAUACUUUACAUUAUCACAGACCGUAUAUUCAUGAUGUAUAUUAUAUUAUUAUUAUUGUUAUUUUUUACAGAUUGACAGCCACAAACCAAAGGAUGUUUGAAACUGUUGUAAUCCAGAUUAUUCAGACAGAAAUAUUUAAACAUGAACUGGUUUCAAUUUGUGUGAAAGUGAUGGAACGCUCUAUGUCGUCAAGUCCCAAUUUUAGGCUCCACCCACUCACACUCUCUCACACACACACACCUUCAGCAGCAGGUACUGUUAAACUCCUCCCACCUCGUCCUCAUCCAAUCAGACGCCCCCCGUUUUCAGGUCUUGUCUCCGAGCAACCACUCCCUCCCCCGCGAUGACAUCACAAACUGUUUUCCUGUGGGUCACAUGAUCACAUCGUCAUCAAUCAACAACAACAGACUGACAAACUUUGUGCUGCCGUUGCCGUAGCAACAAGAGACAAAAAGAAAGAAAAGAAUCAGGAAAUAAAGUUUCCUUGAAGAGAAGAAGCAAAAGAAGAAGAAGCUUCAUCCUGUGAAUAGUGUGUAUAAACGGACUGACUGAUACACACACACGCACGCACACACACACACACACACACGCACACACACACACACACCAGUGCAUCAAUGAUGAAGAUAAUUAAGAAUAGAAUCAGUUUUUUCACCUCAGUAGAGAAAAAAGAGAGAAAGUGUUUGUUAUGUAGAUGUCUGUGUGUGUGUGUGUGUGUGUGCGUGUCUGUGUGUGUGAGUAAGGUGGUGAAGCGUUGCCAUGACGAAUUGUGUUUACGGCGAUGUCCUGUUUUGUCCUGUUUUUGCCCCCCCCCCCCAACAAACCCCUCCCUCCCUCCCUCCCUCUCCCACAAACCUCCCCCCGACACUGUUACCAUAGCAACGGGCAGUGGUUUGGAUAUUCAGAUUAUGCAUUUUUUCCUGUUUGUGUAAAUAGACUCUCGUCUGAUUCUGGACGCUGAAAACAUGUGUCUCUGUCUGUCUGUCAGACAGCAGCAGCGCCACCUACUGUGACCGUUUGUUUCUACUAAAACGACACACUGCUCUCUCUGGUGCCAUGCUCAGACAACACCCCGGUCCUUAAGACGCGACGUUAGAAACGUGUCCAGCAGAGGGCGACACACGCACUGUCACACAAGAUCUUUUUCCCCCGUGUCAGCUGGUGAACUGUCAACACUUUUCAUCAGAAAUAAACUCGUGUAUCAUCUGCGUAGAAAGAAAUCGUCUUCAAAACGCAACAGACGUCAGCGGUCGAUAAGUCAUCGAUUAAAAACUUCAAAAACUAAAGGAACACGUUAAUACUUUCAUAAUCGUGAAACUGGAAGCUACCACUUUUACCUCCGGGGGCAGCGUUUGCCGUCUUGUCGUUGGCGUAUAACCUCCAGAACGUCUAAGAAAGAUCAGAAACAUGUUGUGUGAUAUCACAUAAACACUGACAGCAUUUUAAACGACGUAAACGCGCUGUAAAAACUAGCGCAGUGUCGGUGAUGUGUCGCAAUUCCCAAACACUUACGCGCCACAAACGCGGGAAUCUCAACGAUCCGCCGCGUCGUGAAGGCAGCGCGAUUUAGGUGGAAAAAAAAACUUCCACUUCGCAACAGAGAAGGAUUUUGUGUCAGCAACGCGUCGUCGUACAUCAUGAACCUGCAAUGAAAAACUCUGAUGUUAGGGAACUAUGACGGGCACAUGAUGGCGACCCUGCACUUUAAAGUCUUCAAUUAUAGUCUUAAAGUUGUAGUACCAAGUACUUAAGGUGGAACAUAGUACUCUACAGUGGAUUUAAGGUGGAACAUUGUGCUCUACAGUGGAUGUAAGGUGGAACAUAGUGCGCUACAGUGGAUUUAAGGUGGAACAUUGUGCUCUACAGAGCAUUUAAGGUGGAAUAUAGUGCACUGUGGUGGGUUUAGGAUAAAAGAGCAAACUACCGAGAGUUUUAGAAAGAAAGUAGUACACUACGCAGGGUUUAGAGUGUUUAAGGGGAAAUAGCACAGAAUAAAGGGUUAAAAAUGGGAGGUCGUGCUCUACAGACGAUGUAGCAUACAGUGCAUAACGUUUAAAGUGUUAAAGUCGUGGAUUGUGGCGGGUUACAUGUGGAGAACGGUGUAGGGUGCUGUUUGAGACCUAGCCUUGUUGCCAAAGGGCAAAACUCAACUAACCAAUCAAACAGUGUUAUUUGUACAGAACUGACAGCUGCUAACUGACUGCUAACAGCUGCUAACAGCUGCUAACAGCGCUCUCUGUUGUCAUUUAUAAUAAACUUCAUUUUUCAUCCAAAAGCAAGUGUUAGCGAUGUUUGUUAUUGUUUGUGUUCAUGUCAGAGGCCUCAAGCAUCGACACAGAACUAACCAUAUAUGAGUGAUAUGUACAGAAAUCCACCUGAAGCUCAUCUGUGUGUUAUUUACUGAAUAGCUGGAGUUUAUCUGCUAAUUUACUGGGACAGAAACACUUUCUACGACAAACUGUGUUGCUCUUUAUAUUCACAUGAUUGAGAAAAAACUGUGUGCAAACUGUGAGAAAAAUAAACAGCCAGUCAGAUUUUCUACAA